CUUGACAAGUGGAAAGAGUUGCGAAAAUGGGACCGAAAAUUCUAGUUGUUGCUUUACUGCUUUUACAGACGUGUGGAACUGUAAACACAUUUUUACCUUUUAAAGCUGCCGGGUAUCUUGUUUCAGCGUUUACGUUUGGUUUGGACCUUUACGGAUUCAUUGACAGCUUCGAUGAAGAGAAAUCACGCACAGACGACAAAAAGUACGAGGAAUUAAAAAAAGAGUUGUCUAAUAAAAUUGAUGCAUCUACAAAUUCUAUAAUAGCGAAAAUUGAUCUUCAUGGGCGUUUCGAUCGUUUGCUCGAAAUAAGCAAAUACAUGAGUGCUUUACUGACUGAUAUAAAAUUUAUCAUUGAAUCAGAAACGAAUGAAACUAGAGAUGAAAACAUAAAAAGAUAUAAAGAUGGAUUCAAGGAACACGAAGCUGAUAUACAAGCCAUUUCCCGUUUACUGACUCAGAAAGUACCAGUAGACGGCCUAUCAAAGCCUCUUGUAGACGUGUACGUUGAACAGAUCAACUGUAGUCUAACAUGUAUGCAGGUAUUUGAAGACUAUUACAUGAGUCUAGUAUCAAACGCUUUUGCAAUAGACAUAACAAAUGAACUUUUCAACGACAUCGAUUUGUCAAACCAAACCAAAGCGUUUUGGACGAACAAUGUGGAGAUACUGGAAGAUGCAUUUGAAUUGCGAAGGACUGAGUGUAUUGAUCGUUUCCCUCAGCUGGUCAAAGACGACCUCGCAGGUGAUGAGAAUGCCACUGAUCUUCAGAGCAAAAACGCUCUUAGAUAUUCAAACAGACUAAAUAGUGUGAUAUUUGUAGGCAAUGACACUGACAGUCAGAUCAAGUAUUUGGAGCACGAUCAGCAAAACGAAAAAUUGUAUUUUUCGAAAGGAAAAAUGAAACUAUUGAAACUCUUGGUCACAACUCAACAAAAUGCGAGGAUAACUCUACAGAAAUAUUUCCGACUGAUCCCGAUAUCUCAAGGCUGGUGAGCAAAAUCGAGGAGGGAAUCUGUGAUACGGAAACGAUUGGUAAAAUGAUAGAUGAUUUGUUCUUCUGGCGAGGCUACGUCCUACGGUUCAGGUUUAUAAUGACACAAAAGCCACAGAAUGAGAUAGCCAUUGAUCAAAGUACCCGGACAGCUUUUAUUGAAGUAUGCGGAAAAGACAUUGUAAUAGCAGCUGAAGAAUGGAAGGCUGAAAUUGCUUCAAAUUAGUUUACGAGACGAUGAAGAUGAAUAAGGUCACAAGUGGUGCUGCUAUAGUAUCUGUGCCUACAAAUUUGAUAUUUUGUUUGGUCAUUCGUUACCUUAUAGGAUUUAUUUCAUAAAUGUCCUCUCAUUCUAUAGUGUAGAAUCAAGUAUGAUUUGUCAACUUAUUUAUACUGUUGCUUUCACAUUGAACAUAAUGUUUUUUAACGAAAUAAGAAGAUUCCCUUUUCCAUACAGCACUGCUGGUGGAACUUGAUAUAACAAUGAUCUUUCAAUAAAACGUUAUUGAAGAACCGAAAUCGGAUACCUCUGAUACCGCGUAUUCCAAUAACAAAGAUGCACAAAACACAUUUUCUUUUGGAAAUUAAACGGUUCAAUCUUAUUUGCUGUGCACAUGACGAACUAAUAUUUGCGCCUAGGCAAAUGUGUAUCAAGAUUUAGUUCGCAUCAUAAUUAGGACCUUGAUCCCCAAUGUAAAUAUAAUGCACGGCAUUCGCUGGUGCUUAAUGAAUUAAACAGUUUCCAUUGACUAACCAUUACAUUGAUAUCAAUGUUGUCAGCAUAAUCUUUCCUACUCGUGAAGCUACACUUCAAAAUAAUUGUCAUAAUAUGUUUCGCACUAAAAGAAACGAAACUAAACCAGUGUAAAAAUUUAAGUCUUUUAUUUUCUUUUUUAAACUUUGUUUUUAACUUACAGCAUUAAAGAUCAACCAAAAAUAAAUUUCCAACAAAGUAAUGCGGGGUGUACUUUAAUUGUCUAUUAUUUUUGGUCACAUGAAGUAAGAAUACAUCAAAUCCGACCAGGCACAAGGACUACGCCCUAAUCAUUUUGGCGGGGUAUAUUUUGGUUAACGUUAAAGAGGAUUUAAAUUAAAGCAAGUUAGAAUACACUUCGACUUUUUUUGAAAUUUGAAAUUUGGGACCUCGUGUGAUAUUUUAAAGCAAAUGGGCACAUAUUUCGAAAUAUAGUCUUUUUGUUGCCUCUUUAGAAGAAAUAUGCCACUUGAAUCUAGUAAUGAGAAAAUAUUAGUAAAUUACUGGUACAUGAGAAGUAAAAUUACAGAUCCGGAUUUGCAUGUAUCAUUUAUUUCAGUUUAAAUAUAUUAACAUAAAACUGAUAUUGUUCAUAUUAACUUAGUAAAACGUAGUUCCUUUUCUAGGCUUUUGCUUAAAAAAUAACAGAUCAAAACAGCAUUACAUUUUUCAUUUGUUUCUAUUAUAUAACCAUUAUGUCUUACUCGUAAAAUAUGAUAAAAAUUAGAUGAUUUAUAUGGAUUCUCAUUGUGUAUUUUCUUAGUUUGUUUAUAGCUCUUAUAGGAUCUUAUAUGACUGGCUGUGUAAGACGGGUUAACAAUGAGUGGAAAACCGAGUGCUGGCGAGGUUUUUUAUACAGCUAUCCCGAAGGCUGGGAAAACACCUGCCUUACUUAGGCAGUCAUGUUAGAUAAUUUUUCAUUCCUACCUUAGAUAUUAUUGCAAUACUUACAAAGAAAUCGCUCAUAUACAAUGACGUCAUAAUAUUACACCAAUAUGCGCAUGUGUAGCUUAUCUCUUCCCUAGGGAAAAGAUAAGCAAGGUGAUUAUCUUAGGAGAUCAAGCUACAUGUGCGCAUAUUUACAUAAUAAUUUGAUGUCAUAUUAUGACGUCAUAGUGUUUGAGCGACAUCGUUGAAACUGAUACAAUGAUAUGAACAGUAGGCACGCAAAAUGAUCUAACAUGUCUUCCUUACUAAGGUUUCCAUUAGGUACAGGUACAGGCAGGAAUGUUAGAUCCUUAUAAUGAUAUGUCCAUUUAUGUAUAUUUACGUUAUGAUUUGUUUUCUAUUAUGUUUUGUAUUUCAAUUGUAAUGCACAACAUUACAUUUUUUUCUCUUUCUGAACUUGUAACAGGAAACAAAUGCAUGCUAUUCUUGUUUUGCCUUUUUGUUAUUAUGUUGUUGUUCAUAUAUUGUAUAUUUGUACACUGGAUUGUACAAUUUCGACAAUCAUCCGCCUAUCAUUGUGAAUAUUUGAAUACACCAUUCUUACAUUGUACAUAAAAUCAUUAAUUGGACCAAUUUUUUUAUGAUAUCCGCUUUUAUAACGUUUAAUAUUGACAUAUGUUAUUAAUUACAUGUUGUCUUUGUGUUUUUUAAAAGAAAACAACUUUUCCGUCUUUUUUGAAGAUGCAGAAAUAUAGACAACUCUCAAAAACAUUAAUCAUGCAAUAGAAUUUAGCAUAAUACGGCGUGUAGAUUGAUUUCAAAACAUAGACAAACUUGAAUAUUGCAAAUUGAAUAUGACAAAACCUCGUAAUUUAUAAGCCUAUGAAACAUACAGGCAACUCUCAAAAAUAAUGAUCACGCAAUAGAAAUGUUUUGUCAGUUGGAAGAAAAUUAACAUAAAAUCGAACAACAAGUACAUUUUAAUUAUAGGCAAAAUACAGAAAAAGAAGGGGUAAACGAUAAAUAAAAGGGUCGGGUAUUAAGGGGAAAAUUAGAGCAAGGAUGAAUAUUCAACAGGGAAAGCCACGUUCCUUAAAGCCGUCUUCAUACACCGUAAACCGCAGCAGCGCAGACACGCACAUACAAAAUACAAACGCACACACAACAAACAAAAACAUAUUUUGCUGUUCUUUUUCUAUGUAAAAUUCGUUAUUCAUGUAUACAGUGUCUCUGUUGAUAUGAAUCUUUUAAAGAAAACGAUGUGUAUUGUAGAUAUCUCGUAAUGCAAUUUGAUGAAAACAUUGAAGACAGAAGAAUUUGAAAGUUUCUAGUAAAAAUUGCAUCAGAAAACAUGCAUUAGUUAUAUCUUAUGUUGUUAUUGUAAACAUGUUCCUUCGAAUAAUAUAAAUCGCGGCAAUAAAGACAAUUCACCGUCGUCGAAACCAAUAGCGCUAUAGCGGACUUAUAAUAUAGAUAUUUAUAAUAGAGACAGUUUUCCUGGAGUAAAGCGUUACAAACGCUUUUCGAUUUUCAUCGUAAAAAGGUAGUAAAACAGUAAAUUCUCAUGUGUUUCCGUAAACUAUAGUCUGUCAGUAGUUAAGUUUUAAAGCCUUCCUAAGAAAUAUAGCAUUUAUUUCCAGAUAUCUAAAAAAGUUAUUUUUUGUUGUCGAAAGAUCUGUAGGCUAGUCCCUUUAAUAAAAAUUCAUGUGUUUUCACUCCUUGCCGCCAGUGAUUUAGUGUGUAGGGGAUAGCUUUGGUCAUUUACAGUUAUAGCAAUAAGAACCACAUCUAAACAAACGUCCCGGGAUUUUUUUCCCCUAUAAAUCAGAAUAAUAAUGUAUACACUUUUCAAAAACAUUUAAGUUUUUAAAUUUCUUUCAAAUACUUUUCAUUCACUGAUGUUUUUUACAAACACACUGAUUUAGUCAGUAAAGAAUGUCUGUCUGCAAGCUAGUAAAAGAGUGACAUGACAGUGUAUACAAGAAGUUAAGUCUAAAUAUAAAAAUCAUCAACCUAACUUUAUACCCUAAAAUCCUCUUUACCUAAAGCAUUGUAAGU